ACCAUGAAGAAGAAGGCGGCGGAGGGCGGUGGAUAUAACCACAUCAACGCGGCCACCGCCACCACCUCCAGAUGCACGAGGAGACGAAGCAGCAGCAAGAAUUGCCUCGAGUUGGUGGCGGCUGGUGCCGGUAGCCAAGGCGCGCUGACGGUCAGGCAGUCUGGGGUGGCGAACAGCGCCGUCAUGGACGAGACGGAGGACGGGGAAGAAGAGUCCAAGUUUCAGCAUCCGCGGCUGCGCCGUGCCGGGGGGAGUGGCGGCGGCGGCGGCGCAGGCGGCGGCAGCAUCAGAAUGAAGAACUUUACGCCAGGAGGGGGAGCCGCGUGCGCGUCUACGGUCUCCAGGAGAGCCUCGAACAUCAGCGAGCCCGGCCUUGCGCACGCAGAAGACGUCCCCGUCGCCCCUCGGCCCAGCGUAGCGGCUUUAUUCAGAGCUGCGGAGACCCAGACAACCUGUCCCGAGGAUGCUGGGCGCGGCAAGAGCAAAAGAGCAUCCUGGACGGAGGCGUCGCGCUCAAAGGUCGCGCUAGAGGUUUUCCACGCGACAGUGGGUGAUGGUUGUAGUAACGUCGCUGCCAUUUCCAGCAUGAAAUGCAACAAAAACGGAGAAUGCAGAAGGGACUCUGGCACCGGGAGCCUGCGCUCGAUCAUCUCCAAGCAGGAGAGGCAGACAGGAGGGUUGGGGAGAGCCGAGGACGGCGGCGGGAAACGGGGCGCCUGUAACUCGACCAGCGCCAGCAUGGACGGCUCCAUCACCCCGGGCGGCUCGCUCACUGGGGGGCAGGGGGGAGAGAGCUCCAACCCGGGCGUCACACCCGUCUCGAGCGGUAUCACGGAGAAGAAGGACUCCAAAGUGUCCUUCUCCAACGCGCCCAGCCGGAAGACCUCGUCCUCGCUCCAUGGCCCGACAACGAGCCAGCAGCCCCGGAACUCGGUCACUUUCCAGAAGCCGGAGGACGGACCCCAAAUCGUGGCGGCCGCCGACGAUGGGGAGCCCGGGGGCAGCACCUUCAUGCAGCGGCAGUUCAGUAGCAUGCUACAGCCCGGAGUUAACAAAUUCUCCUUACGCAUGUAUGGCAGUCAGAAAGCAGUGGAGAGGGAGCAGGAGAGGGUGAAAUCAGCCGGGAACUGGAUUAUUCACCCGUACAGCGACUUUAGGUUCUACUGGGACUUCACCAUGCUGAUGUUCAUGGUCGGCAACCUGAUCAUCAUCCCGGUGGGCAUCACCUUCUUCAAGGAGGAGACCACCACGCCCUGGAUCAUCUUCAACGUGGUGUCGGACACCUUCUUCCUCAUGGACCUGGUGCUCAACUUCCGCACGGGCAUCAUCAUCGAGGACAACUCGGACAUCAUCCUGGACCCCAAGACCAUCAAGAAGAAGUACCUGAAGACGUGGUUCAUCGUGGACUUUGUGUCCUCCAUCCCCGUGGAUUAUAUCUUCCUGAUCGUGGAGAAGGGCAUCGACUCGGAGGUGUACAAGACGGCCCGGGCGCUGCGCAUCGUCCGCUUCACCAAGAUCCUCAGCCUGCUGCGGCUGCUGCGCCUCUCCCGGCUCAUCCGCUACAUCCACCAGUGGGAGGAGAUUUUCCAUAUGACCUACGACCUGGCCAGCGCGGUGAUGCGGAUCUUCAACCUGAUCGGGAUGAUGCUGCUGCUGUGCCACUGGGACGGCUGCCUGCAGUUCCUGGUGCCCAUGCUGCAGGACUUCCCCUCUGACUGCUGGGUGUCCCUCAACAAGAUGGUGGUACGUAAGAAGAACUCCAUCCUGAUGCACAAGGUGCAGCACGACCUCAACUCCGGCGUGUUCAACAACCGCGAGAACGAGAUGAUCCAGGAGAUCGUCAAGUACGACCGCGAGAUGGUCAAGCUGGUGGACCUCCAGCGGCCGCGCGCCAUGUCCAUGACGCCCUCCAUCGGCGGCAUGUUCGCCCCGCCCGGGACGUCCCACGGGGCCUCCGCCAUCGCCACCCUCCAGCAGGCCGUGGCCAUGAGCUUCUGCCCCCAGAUGGGGGCCGGCCCCAUGGUGGGGCCCGGGACCCUGCAGUCGCCCCGCAUGGUCAGAAGGUUCCAGGUGAUGCAGAACCUGGCCAGCCCCGUCUCCAUGUCCCCCCUGCAGGCCAUGACCCCCCAGGGACUGGGAGGGGCCUUCGGGAUCUCCAGCCCCCCGGUGCAGAGCCCCCUGGCCGGCCCGGCGAGGACAUUCCAGUACAUGGGCGGGGCGGGGCCCUCCGGGUCCCAGCUCUCCCUGGUGCAGCACCACGUGCCCAGUCCCACACAGACCCAGCAGAGGCCCCCCUCACACAAGAGCACCCACUCGCUCCACGCUGCCACCCUGAGCCAGGACGCCCGCGCCCGCUCCGCCUCCCAGACCUCGCUCCCUCAGGAGGGGACGCCGCACGCGCCCUCGGUGGCGCCCAGCCCGUCUCCGUCCACGCGCACCUCCAACACCUCCAUCGGCCCCGCCCCGCCCCCCCACGCCUGCCAGCCGGGUCCCUCGGGCGUCGCCAGGCCGGCGGGCCCUCCGCAAAGGGUGGCCUUCGCCUCGACCCCUCCCCCCGCGGGGCCCGCCGCCGGCGCGGGGCCCGCCCCCGGUGCCGCCGCCGUGGCGCCCCCAGAACGGGGCGUUUCCAAAAAAGAUUCCAUCGUCAGCCUUCCAGAGCUAGACUCUGCCAGAAACCGGCUGUCUUCCAACUUGUGA